AGAUUGAAGUGCCAGACGUAUCUGGUUGCGGCGUCGAUGAACGUGAUGACGUAGUUGAAGUCGGCUUCGGUGUCGUCUCGAGGCAUGUUUAGAAUAUCGCUGUAGACUUUUUCCAUCGGAGCGUAAGUGGGUGCGCUUGGAUUGUGAUGGGCUUGGAAAGGUUGAUGAGGAAGAUCUGCUUCGGGGCAUGUGAAACACCGUGCGCGUGGUCGUCGGAGUUCCUGGCCGUUCGUCGUCAGAAGGGCGUUGCGUUCUAACACCUCUGCUUGGAUUGUUUGAAGUAUCGUGCUGUUUGCAGGAUGUCCGAGACGUUGGUGCCAGAUGUCGUCGGGAGCGCGGUGGCCGGGCGAGCGGUGGUAGAUGUCGGCGUUGGAGAAGAACGCGACGACUGAGGCGGGACUUCGACAAGCUUCUCGUGUGGCGGGCAUAAGUUGGUCUGCUUCCGUUGGCGGUCCUCGUGUUGAUGGUGGUGGUACUCGGCUGGGUCCUGCUGCUGAUACUGCAGGUAUGGUGUUGGAGUGCCAGAAGCCGUCACUGUCGAAGUCGGGGUCAAGAUCCGGCGGGUGAGUCCAGGCGGCGAACGAUACGAUGCCAUCGCUGUCGGCAGUUCCGCGGUCGGGGACGAAGUCCAACACGAAGACACCGGACUUCAGGAGGGCACGACCGAUGAAGAGGCCGCCCUUCCCGUGGUUUUCGUUGUUGGCGACGGUGAUGACGACGUCGCGGUUGAGUCGUUUCUCCUGUUGUACGAAGCGUCCCGAGGAGCACAUGUGUUGACCGCAGCAGCUGUCCAAGAACCAGGUGUUUCGCCCGGUGGGUUCGGCGUUGGCGACCGCAGCGUAUGUCGGGUUGACCUGAAGUCCUUGUGAGCGCGGCGGCGGGAAUUCCUCUUCGUCUGAUGUUGAAGAGCGCCUUGGGGAACUUGCUUGAGUGGAAGCAACUUGUGGGUCUGCUGCUCGGUAAACGCGAGGGCGGUUGCAGUUGACUUUGGAGUGUCCGGAAGUCUGGCAGUUGUGGCAGAACGGCGGCACGAUGAUCCAUCUCCUGUUGUUCAGCGUGAAGCUCGGCGCAGAGGUGCAUCUCCGAGAUCCUUCCGUGGGCGCGAAGAAGCGAUCGUGUGGUUCUCCAUUCUGGUCCGAGCCCGGCGAGGACAAGUGUGACGAAGCUUUCUUCAGUGAUCGUUCCUCCGCACCGAAGCAGGCGGUCGCGCAGGGUCUGGCAGCGACUCAUAUACUGCAUCGCCUUUUCCCCGGUCUUCAUCUGUAUUGUUGUCAGCUGUUGCAUGAGUCUGCUUUGUGUCACGCUGUCGUUUGCUUGGUAGAGGCAUUUGAGAUGAUGCCAUGCGAGUUCCGCGGAGUUUCCAUAACUCCGAUACGUUCUGAUGCUCUGCUGCUCUUGUGGUGACAGGUUCCGCAGGAGGACUGUAUACGCCAGUAGCGACUGAUACGUGAAGAUCUCUUGUUCCUUUCCAGUGCCGUUGCUUGGGAAUGGCAGGGACCCGUUGAAGUAUCCCAGAAGAUGCGCGGCCUCCAUCAGCAGCUCGAACUCGAAGCUCCAGCUGCUGUUGGUUGGGCGCGGGGCGGCAUGAACUCGAACGUCCCCGGUGAAGAAUGAUAAGGCGCAAAGGUGUCCUUGUCUGCUGUUGCUGGUCGAAGUGUGACAUGAAGCUGAAGAAUCUCUCCAUGAGAUUCGGGUCCACACUUGAAGAGGGAGACGGAGUCACCAUCUCUGGUACUCUUCCUGUUGUUUCUUGAGCAGUCCCGGUCUCUGUCUGCAAUCCUGAGGUGUGCAGACCAGAGUUGCCGUGUUGAGUUUCUUGGCCGCUGGGUGAGCCCGUAGAGGCUUUCUUGCCCUUGCUGUCCAUGUCUUGUAAUCAAUGAAGUCGUUGAAUUGAGUUGAGUUGCAGUUUGUUGAUGGAGCGUAGUUGCUGGGAGUUUGAUCUCUGACCAGCUCUCAUACCAUGUUGGGCUGAGAAAAAGCCCUUAGGA